GGGGAAUACUGUCCGUGUCCAGGGUAUACAUACAUAUAGAUAGGCUUUGCCCUACGGCUUGCUUCUAUUUCAACUGCCAAACCACUCUUACUGCUUGCAUUUGAUCAUUCUCCUUGAGGUGCGACUUACUGGCAAAGGAUUUUGCACACAUCUUUUCUCAAAAUGGCUGCCGACGAUCACUUUGUAUACUACCGAUAUGACCCAACCAUGGCGGGAGCCGUCCUCUUCAUCAUUCUCUUCGCCCUAGUAACGUUCCUCCAUACAUAUCAGCUUCUUCGGACAAGAACCUGGUAUUUCAUACCUUUCGUAAUUGGGGGUUAUUUCGAAUGGAUUGGCUAUAUUGGGAGAGCCCUGUCAUCGCAUCAAACCCCGAACUGGACCCUCGGACCCUUCAUCCUCCAGACCCUUCUCAUCCUGAUCGCUCCUGCACUUUUCGCGGCUUCGAUGUACAUGGAACUAGGGCGCAUCAUCCGAUUGACCGACGGCGCGGUGCAUUCAGUCAUCAAGCUGCGGUGGCUGACCAAGAUCUUCGUCAUGGGAGAUGUCUUGUCGUUCCUCAUGCAGGCUUCUGGUGGUGGUCUGAUGUCAUCCGGAGAUUCCUCGUCGGUCAAGACGGGUGAAAACAUCAUCGUCGGAGGUCUCGCGGUCCAAAUCUUGUUCUUCGGCUUCUUCAUUGUUGUGUCGAUGAUAUUCAACAUCAGGAUAAACAAGACUCCAACUUCGAAAAUCCUGGGAGGAGGGAGAGCGGCGUCCGUCUGGAAGAAACACCUCUACACUCUCUACAGCGGCAGCCUUCUCAUUCUUGUGCGAUCAAUAUUUCGCAUCAUUGAGUAUGAGCAGGGGAACGACGGCUACCUGAUCUCCCACGAGGUCUUUCUGUACAUUUUCGACGCUGUUCUCAUGUUUGUGACCAUGGUGUUGUUUGCACUCGUACACCCGAGCGAGGUCAAUGCAUUGUUGAGGGGUGACGGACGUGGAAAAGCCGUGCACAACGUCGUUUCGAUUUAUGAGAUGGAUGAAGCUGGAGUUAGUGGAGGUGGUUACGAUAUGAGAGCUUGAGACGUGUUGGUGUUAGAGCAAGCGGAAAUUCUUGUGUUGGAGUUCAAGGACUGUCCAAGAACUCCUUAUAUGAUGUAGAAUUGAAUGUGGGCAAGAUUUGCUCAGAGUAGGAUAUCAUUUGCAUGAAGUGGCAGUCGCAGCCAGAAUUGUGUCGUACGAGGAUUUUGGGAAGUUGCCGAGCGUGAGAAAGUCA